GAUGCAUUCAAAGCCUUUCACCCUGACCUCAACUUUGUGCAGAAAUUUCUUAAACCACUGCUGAUUGGAGAACUUGCCUCAGGAGAACCCAGUCAAGACCGAGACAAGAAUCCCCAAUUGGUGGAAGAUUUCCGUGCCCUAAGAAAGACAGCAGAGGAUAUGAACUUAUUCGAAGCCAGUCCAGUGUUUUUCUCCCUUUAUCUGGGUCAUAUUCUUUUGAUGGAAGCUCUGGGAUGGCUAAUGGUUUUCUACUGUGGUACUAACUGGAUCACUACCUUCCUUCUUUCUGUCAUCCUUGCAGUCUCUCAGGCCCAGGCUGGCUGGCUACAGCACGACUUUGGACACCUCUCUGUAUUUAAGAAGUCUAUGUGGAACCAUUUAGUCCAUAAGUUUGUGAUUGGUCACUUGAAGGGUGCCUCAGCAAACUGGUGGAAUCACCGGCAUUUCCAGCACCAUGCCAAGCCAAACAUCUUCAAAAAAGAUCCGGAUGUGAACAUGCUGCAUCUCUUUGUCCUGGGAGAUACACAGCCAGUUGAGUAUGGAGAAAAGAAACUGAAGUAUUUUCCUUAUAACCAUCAACACCAAUACUUCUUUUUCGUUUUCCCACCUCUCCUCAUUCCAGUUUAUUUCCAAAUGCAAAUCUUCAUGACCAUGUUCAGAUACAAAUUCUGGGCGGACUUGGCCUGGGCCUUCAGUUAUUACUUACGCUACUUUCUCACAUAUACCCCAUUCUAUGGAGUUCUGGGAUCCUUGUUUCUCCUUACCUUUGUCAGGUUUAUGGAAAGCCAUUGGUUUGUUUGGGUCACACAGAUGAAUCAUAUUCCAAUGGAAAUUGACAGUGAGAAGCACAGAGACUGGCUUAGUGCUCAGUUGGCAGCUACCUGCAACAUUGAACAAUCCUUUUUCAAUGAUUGGUUCAGUGGACAUCUGAACUUUCAAAUUGAGCACCAUUUGUUCCCUACAAUGCCACGCCAUAACUACUACAAGAUUGCACCACUAGUGAAGUCACUGUGUGCGAAGUAUGGAGUUGCUUAUGAAGAAAAGCCUCUUAUGAGAGCAUUUGCAGAUAUUGUUGGGUCCCUCAAGAAAUCUGGAGCACUCUGGUUGGAUGCCUACCUCCAUAAAUGAAGCUGGAUUUCAGUGGGGGCUGGUGCUAGCAAAGGGGAGGGCUGGGGGUUCACAUGUGUAUUCUUAAUGUCCAAUGUCUGUGUGUACAGUUU